GCUUCACUCGCAAAUAUUUCUGAACACGCAUCUGGGCGUUAAUUACAAUUGAAGAUGAGUUAUGCUGGAAGGAAGCACUCAUGAAGAUAACAUAUGGUGUGCUGGAUAAAGGGUUUACCCUAGGCAAUGGGAUUUUGACCGUUUCGGUGACCCGAACCUUGGGAAUGGCAGAAGUACUUGGGUCUUAUAAAAUAUCUCGAUGUUUCUCUUAGGAUGUGUCCUUGACCUUUGAAUGUUGCAGUCAGGACUAUAAUCAAGUAUGAGCUGGCACUGCUUGCUUUCAGGAAACAAGAGAAGAUGAAUUAAAAUGCAGCACACAACCUGUACUGAGGACCGAAUCCAUCAUGCUCUGGAGAGAUGUCUUCAUGGACUAGACCAAACAUCUCCUACUUCAGAUACAUGGAAAGCUGGACUUUGCAUGAACCGUUGGAGCCUCGAUGAGCUUGUCGACAGGGAUCCAGGAAACUUCCUCAUCCUUAUUGAGAAAAUCCUGGAGAAGACCAAACAGGUGCAAGAAAACUGUGAAUAUGGACUUCUGAUUCCCCUAGCUUUGUUGUUUUAUUCAGCUGUCUUGCGUGCACCUUAUUUUCCUCCACAGUGUGAUCUACUCAAGAAAUCAUAUAACGUGUUCUACGGUUUCCUCACUUGGCCUAUCCCAUACUGCAGUGUGUGUCGAGAGCUCCUGGCAUUCAUUAAUGAUGAACUAAAGGCACCAGGUAUAACAUACCAGCGCCUGGUCAGAGCAGAACAGUGCCUGACAACAAAAUCUCGACAGAACAAAACAAUAACUGUCCUUUUAUUGAAUCCUUCUGAGAUCACUGAGGACUUCCAGUCAGUAGCAGAAAAGCUCUGCAGUAUCGAGUACUCACAACACACUUCCCAUGUCAUUUUAAUCAAGCAUCUUGUUCAGUCUAACUUUGGAGCCACAUACAGCCUUGUUGAUUUGCAUCAAGCACUGGAGUCCAAAACGAUAGAAGAGCUUUCAGAAAUAUAUUCAGAAUGCACUGAGAUACUUGAAAACGCUGUUCUCACCAGAGACACUGCUACUGCGAGAGCGUAUGUGCUGACCAAGCUUAAACAAGUCCUAGAAAAAAUAUCUCCAAGGAAAAAUGAAAGUGGUCCAUGUGGCAAAAUUCAGACUUUUCAGGUACCUGUGGCCAAGUGUCAUACCUACAUAUGGGACAGUGAUAACUUUGAUAUCUUAAAUGAGAUUAUCUCAUCAGAGUGUGAAAUUUCCAGUCUAGAAGUGGAAUCAAAUGAUGAAGAGGAGGAAGAUGAGUUUGACAAUGAUGAUGAUGAUGUAGAAAUUGAUGGGUGCUGUCCUGAAAGAACUUCUGUUAUUUCUGUUGUUUCAAAAGACUCUGUAUUUUCAGUGGCGUCCAAGGACUCCGCUAUAUCUGGCUUAUCAGAAGUGUCCAAAAUCUCAACAGAUUCAAUGCUGUCAUUAGCAUCCAAGUGCUCUAUGGCAUCAUUUGUCUCUAGUCUUUCAGAUAACGUGGACAGUGGCUACGUGGAAGAAAUUGAUGAAACCCAGAUAGACUCCUUUAUAAAAUCAGAGAAGACCUCAAAAUCAAGAAGGCGGCUAACCACAAAGAUAUACAGGUUUAUGAAAAGUAAGAGCCCAGUGAUUAGAAGGGACUCAAAAUACCUCAGCAGCUACCAAGUGAACUGUAUUUCUGAUAGUCCACCAUCAACUUCAAAGACAUUGCCUCUUCGCAGGACUGAAAGUCUGAACUAUCCUGAUGAAAAGUGCAGGAUACCUGCAAGAUCGCAGAGGUCCCAGUCGCUUCCUCAGCAUGCACUUAUUUCAGCAUUUCUUGAUAGGCAGCUAUUACAGACUGUGUUUUUUAGGAGAAGACCUUUCCUGAGCUGCAGUGAUGAUAGCAAAAUGUCAGCAUUGCGGGUUGUAGUAUUUGGAUCUGAUAGGAUCUCUGGAAUGGUGGCCAGGGCUUACAGUAACCUAAGGUCACGGGAGAACAGUCGUCCUUUACUGACAAAAUACUUCAAACUGCAGUUUUUCUACAUACCUGUAAAAAGAAGUUAUAUUAGCCCAGCUGUAAAUUUAAUAAGUUCGUCACCACAAACAGAUACUGGUCGCAGAAAUUCUAUUGCAAUGGAUUCUAGCUCUGUUGGACCAGAUGAAAGCACCAAUGAUGUCUCAAAUUACCUGGGGAUGUUAGAUCCUUGGUAUGAUCGCAACGUUGCUAGUUUGAUGAAUCUGCCUACCUCUAGUCUGUGUAAGCAGUCGUCCAAAACAGAAAGUGAUGUUCCUGAUAGCCAAAAGGAGGCACUUCCAAUAUUGGCGGAUAUAAUACUCUAUUACUGUCGGAAUGCCAGGCACCCUGUGUUGUUACAACUCUAUCAGGCAGAGUUAACAUUUGCUGGGGGUGAAAAGACAACUGAGGUAUUCAUUCGGUCACUGGACCUUGGGAACACCGCUGCUAUCCGGGCUAUUAAGGCUUCAGGACGAGGCUGCAAAAGGUUUGGUAUUGAUGAUGACAGGGAGGCAGUACCAUUAACACUAAAAAUUGUCUACAGCAAGGCAACAGUAAGUGGAAGAAGCCAGUGGUGUGACACAGAAAAGAGCUGUACAUCUGUGAGCCUGAGUAAAGCCUGUAAGGCACUUGAAGAGCUCGAUUCAAAAAUGGAGUAUCUGCAGCUAACAAUGACUGAGGUGGUUAAGCGGCAAAGUUCCAAAUCCAAAAAGAGCUACAAUCAGCAAAUCACUGUCACUCAGAUAAAGGUUGAUAAAGUUCAGAUUAUUGGGGUAAACAACAGCACUUUUGCUCUUUGUCUUGAUCAGGAUGAAAAGAAAAUUUUACAAAGUAUAACAAAGUGUGAGGUUUCUGUUUGCUACAAACCUGAGAGAAAUGAUGUAUGGAAGCUGGAAAACCAAUCCUCCCAUUUCCAACAAGACCGAGAGGCCCAGUUAUGUUCCUUGUUGUGUCUUCCCAUUGCAACAUUUAGUGGUGCUGCACUAUAAAGCAAAAGGACUCUGUGUGUUUUGUGAUCCCUGGCCUUGAAAGAUAACAGCAGCACAAGAUGAAAGAGAAGGCUCCUCAACAAAGACUGCAGUGCAUUUCCAAAGAAGGCAACAAUGGUUACUGUGUGAAAGGUCAUAGGAUAUGAAACACUGAAAUAAUGCAGCUUUCUCUUUGCAUAACUCAUAAUCACCCGCUUAUGAACAGGAUAUAAUUGUUUAGAUCUGUAAAACAGAGAGUAGUAAGACAGAAAAAAUCGUCUUAAUUUGGCAUUAUAUUUAACUUCUCUGGGAGGGAUCUGUUGAACAUCACCAGAAAAAAUAAUUUGGAAAACUCAGGUAGUUUUCCAGCAAGCCAUGAUUAUUCUGUGAAACUGUUUGGUUGUUUUUCUGCUUGUGAUGACUCAAUAAGUGUCAGAUUGCCUAUAUGGCGAAAAAAAGUGGUGCUUAAUAAUCACUUUUGGUUCAAAGGCCAGUUGCUGCAGUCUCCAAUUUUUAGUAUGUUUUAUGUGCACUUUUAUAAUGAAAUAAUAUUUCCUUUUUUAUAGUUUAGAAUUGUUUUGUUCAUUUAUGCAUCUUGCCCCUGCAACUCAUCUGUCUUUAAAUUAAGACUUGUUUGCUUUUAGAAAAUGACCCCAGACAUUAGCUGUAUAAUACUGUUACGUGCUUUUACAUGUAUUAUGUCACUUUUGAUAUGUAUCCUCAUUUGAAAAUGCCUUUAUAUCACACACUGCAGAUCGGCUGUGUUUACUCUAUGAGUGACAGUGAUAUCCCAACUUAUAGCAUGCCAGCAUCAUAGCACUUGCCACCUUUAGAUGACCUGACAGCAAAGAAUUCACACUUAGGUAGCACUUUCCACACAAGCUCAUUUUUGCCGUUUGUGAGGAAAUUGCUAAUGCACUUUUUAGGUCACAGAAUGCUAACUAAAAGCUGGUGCUUUACAUUCCCAUUCUAAGGUCUUUUCAUUAAAUAAAGCUGCAGUUCUUACUCUGACCAAAGCAUAGUACCAUGAAAUGGAUAAUGUACAAGUCUACACCUGCAGUGCAGGUCAGCCAGAAAGGAUUGAUAUGUUUUAGUAAAGUGAAACUGUACGUGGAAGCCCUUUGCUUUUAUACUUGACUUUUGGGCAAAUUUUAUGAAUCAUGAUAUUCCGUCUUUAAACCCAUCUACAUUUUCAUUUCUUUAAUGUAUACCAGUAAUACAACAAUGUUAGUUUAGAUAUUGAAAUACACUUUAUUAAAAACAAUGUAAGAUAGAAUAAGAGGCACUUUAUGUUAACAUUCAGACCAAAUAUUUGACUGUAGUUUAUAACAAUAAUUAAGCAACAUUAAACAGAACAGUCCAACACUCACAUCUCCUUAACAGGGCUGAACUAAUAAAGGGGAUGAGGGAACUGCAGAUUCAGGCUUCCAUGUCUGAAACAGGCCCUGCUGGUGUGACUUCCAGUUCAGCCAGAAAUUCUGGGCUGUUGUUAUACCAAAUAACUAGUUCCCUUUCAUCUCCAGGCCCAUGAAGUCCAUAAUCCAGCACUAUUUCUUAACUGAAAGUCAUUACCAAUAGCAACAGUUCAGGCUAUCAUAAUUCUUUCCAGUAUGACUAUGGGACAAUACCUCUCAAUUGCCCAGAAUUUCACAGAACAUCCAAAUGUGUCCCUCUUUUUUUUUUGGUCUGUUCAUCACAAAAUAUGUGGUUUUCUGGCAAAUCAUUGAAGAUUGCAGUCACUAAAUAAUGACCUACAUUUUAAUUAUAUCCU